AUGGGGGGCAAGGAGCGAGAGCGCGAACCGCCACCGGCCACCGACGACGAGGAUGCGACGCAGGCGACCACGCAGGAAGGCGACCACGCAGGAAGGCGUCGUGCGGGAGUCAUCCGGCAAGCGCAGCCGACAGCGCAGCAUCACCAGAUCACCGCUGGGCUUGCAAGCGGCGCAAAGCGAAGGGCCGCCGCCAUGUCGCAAGGGGAGCGGGCGGCGAAACGAAUGACCGAUCAGCGGCGACGCCGCCAUGAGCAGCGUGGGAAAUCACAGCCAGCACCGAUCACCUUUGACGCUGCGGUGGCAAAGGUCGCGUCGGAGGCAGCUCUCGGCGUGGUUGAGGUUGAGGAUUUCCGCGACUGGCUACUCGACCCACAGCAAGCUGGACAGCCGAUGGAUGGUGAACGCAUCACCGAGUGGCGCGCAUCCGAAGAGUACGAGCGCGCCCGGCUCGAGUACAUGGACGGUUGCAUGUGCGAGGGUGCGUGCACGUGCACCUACGAUGGCGUAGGCAUCGCCCCAGACGUGCCCGGAGUCACCUGCGACUACUUCGACGAGGCGCUUUUGGAGCCGCGCGACAACGACGGGCAGCCAUCAGGCGGGGAUUGGGUGCCGGAGGGCUGGGAUGGCGUCGAGGCCGAUCGGCAUGAGGAGCGGGCUAAACUCGAGCGUGCCAAGCGGAUUGAGCGAGAGAAGCAAGACGACCUCGCACACGCUUCAGAGAAAAUUUGGGUGCAAGAUUCUGAGACUGGUGAUUGGCGCCUCUCCACCCGUGGCAGCAUUGCCAACUUUCGCAACCGCCGUGUACAAGCUUACCCGGGCGAUGCUGCUGACGCCGAUGCAUACCUGCGCGACCCGGGUUCACAGGCGUCACAGGCAUGGCUCGAGGCGCAGCUUGCUCCAGGCGGUGGAGGUCCGACACCGCCUGGCUCGCCCGCCUACGGGGAUGACUGUUACUUCUCCCACCCGGACUCGCCAGUGAGGCGGCCACGCGAGGAGGCGCCUGACGACAGCGACGCAUAUGAACUCGACCAGGAACGCGCGCUGGAGUUGCAGGGGCGCAUCUCCUUAUUUUACGGCCGGCCUUGGGACGAGGUGCCGAGAGGCGCGACGGUGCCAGUGACUUGCGAGUGGACCAUCGCAUCAUUCAGCCGACAGCAGCAAAUGCAACGCCCGCUCUCGCCCGCACCGGUAGCCACGGACUUUGACAUUGAGGACAAGUUUCUGCAAGAGCGUGCGCGGUGGUUCCGCGACCACGGCGGUGGCGGCGAGCUGGAGGGCUCGACACGAAAGCAGAACGAGGCAUUCCAGCGCUUGAAGGACCGCCUCUUUAGCCUUCGCCGCGACCGCGCGAACCCGUCGGGCACACCGCGUGCCUCGCAACGCCGGGCAUCGGGCGCCGGAUCAAGCACCGACCCCCUUUGA